AUGGAAAUAAUUAAGAAGGUAUUCUGGUCAUCUCAAGCCGAUCACUGGUCAAACUGGACGAGUUGGAGUGCUUGCUCCAGGACAUGUGACGGUGGUGCCACCUACCAACUAAGAAAAUGUAUGAGAAGUUAUAAGUCUCAUGGGGGUUGUAAAGGAGAGAAUAUCCAAUAUGCGACCUGUAACAAUAAGCCGUGUGACCCAGACUCUCAAGAUUUUCGGAAGCAGCAAUGUGCUGCCUAUAAUGAUGCUACCUAUGGUGGAAGGUAUUUCAGAUGGUUGCCGUACAUAGAUAGGAAGAAUUCUUGUAUAUUAUACUGCAUAGCUAAAGGUACCAGAACAGUGGCUAAGUUAUCACCCAAAGUUCUGGAUGGUACAAGAUGUAGGGGAGAUACUUUAGAUAUGUGUAUCAAUGGUAAAUGUUGGGAUGUGGGUUGUGAUCAUAAACUUGGUUCCAAGUUAAAGGUAGAUUCCUGUGGUGUCUGCGGCGGAGAUAACUCGUGUCUGAAGUUAGGUCUAUCAGGCCGGUACCAGUGGGUGGAAACGGGCGUAUCUCAAUGUUCGGCCACCUGUGGAGUAGGAUAUCAAGAGAAGAUUUAUUCCUGUCGUGAUAAACUUCAUUCUAGAAUGGUCAAAAAUCAUAAAUGUUCCUCCAAGCAUAAACCAUCAUCACAGAAAAAACAAUGUUUCCACAAACGAUGUUCUCCAAAAUGGCGUGUCGGACCCUGGCAGGAAUGUUCUAAAUCUUGUGGUGGUGGUAUUUCUACUAGAAGUGUGGUGUGUGUGGAUACCACACUAGAUAAUAGACAGCGAAUAUUACUACACAAUAACUGUCAAUCACCAAAACCAACCAGUCAGAAAUCCUGUAACAAUGUUAUCUGUCCUAAAUGGUACGCUGGAGAAUGGUCUCCGUGCAGUGUAACGUGUGGUUGGGGACAACAAAGUAGAGAUGUGGUUUGUCGACAUGAAGGAGACACAUUCUGUGCUAAAAAGCUGAAACCACCAACCAAGAAAAACUGUACCACCAACUUCCCCUGUCUGGAAACAGAAAGACGAUACGUGGCAGCCGAACACGACAAGAAACAAGUCCAAGAAAUAUCAUUGGGUGAAUUACGACAGGCUCCACUGACCGCUGAUAAUACAGAAGAUGCUGAUUCCGUGGUGCACGAAGAUGAUGUACAGAAUCAUGACAUGAGUUCUCCCAGGUACGUGGUUUCAAGUUGGGGUACGUGUAGUGUGACAUGUGGUACUGGUGUCAGAAGAAGAUAUGUCAGAUGUCAGGUUUACCUGGUUUAUCUUCAGGCUAUAGUCGAUCUGGCUGAUUCAGAAUGUGAAGGUUCUGAUGUAAAAGAUAUAGCCAAAUUAAGAUGCAUAUUUGACGAGUACGACAACAUGACCAAACCUAAUGGAUUCUUUUCAGAUUCUAAACCGAUAGAAACAGAACCCUGUUUAGAAGAGCCAUGUUAUGAAGAUUUUAUAUUUAAAGCUGUUGGUUUCACAGAGUGUACUAGAAGUUGUCUGGGCGGUACUCAAGAAACAAAGUUAAUUUGUGUUCAUAAAACCAAUGGAACAACAGUUCCUGAUAAUCAUUGUGAAAAAGCACCUUUGAUACCCAUAGAACGAAAGAUCUGCAACGACUUCUCUUGUCCACAAAGGUGGCGUAUUGGAGAUUUCAGUGAAUGUUCAGCUACAUGUGGAGGUGGUGUGAUGUCCAGAGAUGUCGAGUGUAUUCAGGAAUUUAGUCACGGUGUCGAUAACAUCCUCCAUCUACCAGACUUUAUGUGUGAACAACCAGUACCAGAAAGAAAGAGAUCCUGUAAUACACAAGCUUGCCCUGCGUCCUGGACAACUGGCUUGUGGUCUGAUUGCUCUGUAACGUGUGGUACGGGGAUUCAGAUUCGUCCUAUCCUGUGUCAGAAACAUUCAGGUGAUAAAGUAACGGACGUUAGUGAUAAACACUGUCGACCUAGUGAACGCCCUGUAGACACACAGCCUUGUAACAAUACAGCAUGUCCUGUAGUGAGAAUUAAACAACAAAAACUUCAUUUCUUUCAACUUAACAAGAUGAAUAAGAUACGGCUGGUGGUUGGUACCAAGGCAUUCCUUCUUCCAGGAACUAAUAUCAUUGUCAGGUGCCCGGCUAAGGGAUUUAAUAAACGUAUGAUAUUAUGGUAUAAAAAUGGACGACCCUUAAAGAAAGGGAAAAGAGUGAAUGUGUCUGGAAAGGGUAAUUUAAGGAUCAAAAGAUCGCGCCCAGAGAAAGAUACUGGAAACUAUACGUGUUAUGCUGAUAGUGUUUCAGCCAAUAUCAGCAUCCAAUUCAGUAACUUAUUAGACAUAUUUCAACUGUUAUCAUUCAGGGAAGCAUUUUUAGAUGCUAAUAUCAGUGAUAUUCAAACUAAAACUUUUAGAGAUCCUUUCGAUCAUAAACAGAAACCUUUAAAGCUAAUCCAGAGUGACUGGUCGGGGUGCAGUAAAACUUGUGGAGGUGGUAAACAAACUCGUAAUGUAACUUGUGAAAUUAUAACGGACGAUUAUUUCGAGAUCUUGCCGUCUCGGGUGUGUAGAAAUGCAGGGAUUACAGUACCCGCUUCUUCUAAAGGAUGUAACAAAACACCGUGUGUUCAAUGGACUACUGGCAACUGGUCCAAGUGUGGUACAGAUAAGUGUUUUCGAGAUGGUUAUGCCAUACAGUCUCGGGCUGUAAAUUGUACACGAGAUGGUAGUGAUAGAGUAAUAGAAGACAGUUACUGUAAUCCUGUAACCAGACCUGUCAAUAAACAGGAAUGUUCCAAUAUUUUGUGUAAACCAUUGUGGAAUACUUCUGAAUGGUCCUAUUGUGUAGCAGGGUGUGGAGAGAGUGGGUUUCAAUCUAGAAUGUUAACAUGUAUCUGGUCGGCUAGUGGUCGAUCUGCUGGUAGAGCUUGUGCUGAACUCCCUAGACCAGUUGUUAUUAAAAAAUGUAAUGCAGAUCCCUGUACAGAAGAAUGUAGAGAUGAAUAUGAACACUGUCAUAUUGUUAAACUUGUGAAAUUUUGUGACAAUUUAAAUUUCAAACGAACAUGUUGUAAAACCUGUACAUCGUGA